AUGUCGGAAGAUUUCGAUGCUGAAAAUCCACGUACGGUCUUUGAUGUCAGCAGUUUCUAUACGGUAGUACUAUGUAUCGUCUAUCUUGCGAUAGGUUCCACUUCUAUCCUAUUCAACAUUUUCAAUAUUUACGUAUUUGGUCGACGAAAAUCGCUCAGGAAGAAGUAUAUUGUGUUUAUUUUUCUUGAAGCUGCUGAAAUUGUGAAUGGCAUCGCCUACAUAAUGACGGGUCUUGGUCGAUUAAAUGCGAUUGUUACUGAUCAUCUGAGGACGCCCAUCUCUGUAGAAGACUGCUUCUUCACGAGGCCAUGGCCAGCACUUAUAAUUGUGGGCACACAGCUACCAGCAUUGGUGGUGAUAUUUGCCUCAGUGGAACGAACAAUAGCUGUUUAUCAGCCUAGCAAUUACUAUCGUACCUGGAAUUACACCUACAAGUUGAAGCGGUUGUUUCUGGUGCUCGUCGUUCAACUGGUGUCCAUUUUGAUAGCGGCUCGCACAUCGGCUGGUCUAGAUUCACUGAAUCCAACACAACACUGCCCUGUGAUUUCAUCCACGCACAUCGCCUACUGUACUGCGCAUUUCCUAUUCGUCGUUCUUGCUUAUAUGAUCAGUUUCGUUACCCUGCUCUCCAUAUUUAGAAGUAGACAGAGCUACGGCCAAGUAAUAUCAUCGUCUCUACGGCGAUGUCAUAGUCAUAGUCGACGCGAAUCAAAUCUCAAGGUAUUCAUGAUGACAUCGCUGAUGUGUAUUGUCUUCAUGUCGAUACCUGCUCUUGCAAGCCUUCUGAUUCGAUGGAAUUUUAUAGAAGGCAAUGAAAUCGUACUUGGAAUAUCACUAGUACCACCAGGGUAUGUGCUUACAAUUCUCUAG